UAGGGUAACUUCACUCUGGGCUUGCAUUUCUACAUGCUCUGGAAAGACUUGUGGCAGACUGCCACUGCGAUCGUUACACCUCAGACUGAGCUCAUAAAACGCUACUAGACGUAUAAUCUCUCCGAAAUUUUAUCGUGCUUCGGUACGGCUACCCUAGAGUCGCAGAAAUGGGAGUCGGAACUCGUUCGUCGGCGAAGAAGAGUAGAGAGGAGAAAGAGUUGGAGGCCAAAAAGGUGGAUAAAAUUGAUGCAGAAACGCAAACUGACCCAGAGAUAACUGGUGUAGACGCGGACGAUUUCGAGGAAGACGAUGGCGAAGGCGAAGAAUCGGGCUCGGAGAGUAGCGAAGAAGAGGACGAUGAAAUGGAAACAGAAGAAGACAGUCAAUCCAAGAGUGUCGACCGGGGAACGUCCUCGAAACCAGUGCGCCGAAAAAUAAUCGAGCUGAAGUAUUAUUUUGGGGAAGAUUUGCCAGAUGCUGAGCUAACGAAACUUGCUGAAGCUGAGGUCAUUGUUCCUCCUGGACUUGAAGUGAAAGAAUCUAAUAUUCCAAAGGCUGGAAGGGGUGUGUUUGCAAAGUGUGUGAUCCCCAAACAUGACUUUUUUGGACCAUUUGUGGGCAAAAAGGUGACUGCUGAGGAGGCUAAUAACUACAAAGACUCACCUUAUGUCUGGGAGGUGAGAGAUGAUUAUGGAAAACUGAUGCACUUGGUUGAUGGAAGAGAUGCAUUUCAGUCCAACUGGCUGCGCUACGUCAACUGUGCCAGGAUUAUAGCAGAACAAAACAUCCGCGCUGUUCAGUAUGAUGGAAAUAUUUAUUAUAUGGCCACCAAGCAGAUUGAGAUUGGAGAUGAGUUGCUAACAUUUUAUGGCGAAAAAUUUGCCAAGAUUCUAGGGAUAAAACCUCCAAAGAAAGGAGCAUCAAAAAGUAAAGAUCCAGAACCUUCUGGUGAGAGCUUUGCUUGCAAGAAUUGUGGUAAAAUGUACAGCAACCCUGCAUCCCUCAUCGGCCAUCUGAAGUACAAGUGUAACACAGGACAACAGAGGAGCAUUUUUGUCCCCCAGCCUGUUGGUCCACGGGCUUCAAUUCCCAAGAUCAAGGUCACAGAAGAAUAUGCGCGUCAACAAAAUGAGAAGUUGAAGAAGUUCAAAUGCGACGAAUGUGGGAAGGCAUUCAUUCGCAACUACACACUGCAGUGCCAUAAGCUUAUUCACACUGGAGUGAAAGAGCACAAAUGCGCAGAGUGCGGGAAGGAAUUCACUCUGCUCAAACACCUGCAGCGGCACCAGCUGGUUCACACUGGAGAGAAACCAUACAAGUGUCAUCUCUGUGGUCGUGCGUUCUCACAGCAGGGAAGUCUUCAAGCCCAUAGCCGAACACACACUGGAGUGAAGCCAUAUUCUUGCAAGAUCUGCGGGCGUGCAUUUGCCUUGCAGUCACCUCUGUUGUCCCACAUGAGGACACACAGCCAGGAGAAGGCCUUCAAAUGUAAGACGUGUGGAAAGGCAUUCACGCACAGGAACACAUUGUCCAGGCAUGAGUUAAUCCACACUGGCAUACGCCCUUUCAAGUGUGAUAAGUGCGGUAAAACCUUCACACAGACCAAUGACCUGAAGCGCCAUAGCCGUAUCCACACUGGAUUACGCCCUUACAAGUGUCACAUUUGUGGCAAGGAUUUCACGGUGGAGUUCACCUUAGUGUGUCAUGUGCGCACUCACACUGGGAGUCGGCCAUACAAGUGCGACUAUUGCGACAAGACAUUCACCCAGCCUGGUGCCCGUUUGAAGCACGUGAGGAAGAAUCAUCCUGAUAAGUCAGCACCUGUGAAGGAGACAAGCACUGCCACUUCAGCCAGUCAGCCUAAAAAAGACGCUGAAGCAAGCAAUAAGACUCAGCCAAUGAUUACUGUUGAUAACAACGGAACAUCAGAAACCAACAAAGAAGUUGAAAUGUCAGCCAUUAAGUCAUCUGGUGUGGUGAAGGAUGUUGUUAUACCAAACCAAGAAGCAACAGCAUAGUGAGAUGGUAGCUAAGGCCAUCAGCAUCAAAACAUACUGGAGUAAGAAAUGUCCAGACCAGCUUGGAUUGUUUAAACUUUUUUUUUUAACACUUAACCGUUGAACCCCUAAGAGUGAUAGGUUGCAUGUAAUUUCUCCAAACUGUAUCACCUCUGAAUCAAAUGUAAGGAAAUAAUCACUGAUAAAAACAAUCCUUAACUAAUAAUAAAAGAAGUUUUCCUUGUCAGGGGUACCGGCAAAUUCAAGUUUUGAGAAGGAGGAGGGAUGGGGUCCAGGUCGAACCUUUGAUUUAGAAUAUAAAGACAUUUUUUUUGUACAUAUGGCAACUAGAGAGGAGAAUCACUACCAAGCAGAUCGGUUGGUUUAAGGGCUGUCAGGAGAGAUGGUUCUGAUUUAACCUUUUAAAUCUUAAGAGUGAUCAAGGUUUAAUUUCUCCCAACAAUAUCACCCCUGAAUCACACAUAAUGGUCAUGAGAAUAUAGGAAAUGAUCACCAACAAGAUAAGCUCUUGAUUGUUAAACGAAUUCUCCUGAUCAUCACCUUUUAAAUUGUAUAAAGAACAGUACAGAGAAUAUGUAUAGUGAUCUUAGAUUGUAAAGGGUUAAAAGUUAACUCUUCAGAGGAGAAGUGAUGGAAAUGCCUUGUUGAUGGAAGGGAGAAUUUUGGUUUCUAGCUUGUAAUUCAUGAGGUCCUGAUUGCCACUGUGUGAACCAAACAUGGCAAUUCCAGUAUAUAUGUAAUUUUUUUAACUAUUCCUUAAGUUGUAGUGUGGGCUUGUUAAUUUUCAAAUGAUAUUUUUCAAUUGAAAAUAAAUCUAAUUUGCUCCUUGUAGCUGGUGUUGUAGCUUAAUGGUAAAUCACGUAAGUGCGAAAAGAUUCAAUUUGAGAAAAAACUAGGCAGGUUAUGAAAUUUAUAAUUAAUUCAACUCAAUUCAUUACCAUUAAGGUUAGGAGUGGGCAGAAUCUUAUACAAUUGUACGUGCGAUUUUCUGAGUAACAAUAAAUAAGGUAGAUCAUCUUAGGUCUGUUGGCCUGCCUUUACUUUAAAUUGAUUUUGUCAAGGUUUUACUAAACCUUUUGAAGAAAUAAAAAAAAGCAUUACACUC